AGUUAUUUCGCGUUAAUCCCUCAAAACUGGCAUAUUUGUCAUCAACUGUGUCAUAUUUUAUACAUAGUCUGGGUUCGUUGUCAAAAUGGCCCAAUUAUUGUUAGACGUACUGCAGAAAACAAUAUCCCAAAACCAAGAAGAUCAAAAGCGAGCGCUUGAAUUUCUCAACGAGGCUUCUUCACGAGAUUUCCCUGCAUUUGUCAAAGAGUUGAGUGUAAUAUUGCGAUCAGAAGAAUGCCAACCGUUUGCGCGACAAGCCGCUGGUCUGCAGUUGAAAAAUGUGCUCUAUGCCAAAGAAGAAGAAAGGCGCGCUCAAUAUCUAAACAGGUGGCUAGCACUUCCCGCUGAUAUACGAACACAAGUCAAGUUGCUUGUAGUACAGACACUUGGUACAGAGCCAUUCCGACCAUCCAUCGCUGCGCAAUGUGUUGCAGCCAUCGCUUGUGCUGAACUUCCGUCUGGUCACUGGCCUGACGUCAUCGAUGCGCUUCGAACCAGUGUCACAAAUCCAGCCAGCACAGCAUCGUUGAAAGAAUCAUCUCUCGAAACAUUGGGAUACAUCUGCCAGGAUAUUGAUGCCACGGUUUUGGAGCAGCAGUCGAAUUCUAUCUUGACUGCAAUUGUACAUGGUAUGCGAAAGGAGGAACCAUCCGUCCAUGUCCGGCUUGCUGCUACCAAUGCUCUUCUGAACUCAUUAGAGUUUACCAAGAGAAAUUUCAGCAUGGAGGCAGAACGGCAUAUCAUAAUGCAAGUUGUGUGCGAAGCUACUCAAUGUGCUGAUACACUCGUGAAAGUUGCUGCGCUGCAGUGUUUGGUUCGGAUAAUGUCGUUGUAUUACCAGUUUAUGGAGCAGUACAUGGGAUCAGCUUUGUUUGCGAUCUCUCUCCAAGCAAUCAACUCCGAAGUUCCUGAAGUGGCUCUGCAAGGAAUAGAGUUUUGGUCUAAUGUUUGUGAAGAGGAAAUAACGCUAAGUCUUGAAGCUGAGGAGGCCGCCGAGAAUAAUCGUGUGCCUGAGCAGGUAUCUAGACAUUAUGCCAAAGGAGCUGUUCCCCACAUCUGUCCUAUCAUGCUGGAAAUUCUUACUCACCAAGAUGAGAACGAUGACGAUGAUGAUUGGACUCCAUCCAAAGCCGCUGGUGUGUGUAUAAUGCUGAUGGCACAAUGUGUUGGCGACACUAUACUUGAUCCUGUGAUGCCGUUCUUGAAACACUUUAGUAGCACAAAUUGGAAAUAUAAAGAAGCAGCUAUCAUGGCAUUUGGAAGCAUCCUGGAUGGUCCUGAUCCGAAUAAGCUGAUGAGUCUUGUUGAGCAAGCGAUGCCAGCUCUUAUCGAUAGUAUGGCGGAGAAAAAUGUUACCAUUCGUGAUACUUGUGCAUGGACCAUUGGGCGAGUACUAGAAAUAUGUCCAGAAGUAGUGAAUAAAGACGGUACACUAGCGCGCCUUCUUCCUGCGCUCAGCCAAGCGCUUCAUCAAGAGCCACGCGUCGCUGCCAAUGUUUGCUGGGCCCUAGUAGCACUCGUGAAAGCCGCAUAUGACAUGGCUGCCAGCCAAGGUACUGAUAGCUCAGGACAGCCCGAGACUUACGUCCUCUCACCUUGCUUCGAGGCGAUGAUUACUGAGUUAAUUAAGACAACAGAUAGAACGGACGGAAACCAAUCCAAUUUACGUCUCGCUGCUUUCGAAACGCUUAUGGAGCUUAUAAAGAACUCUCCCAAAGAUUGCUACCCAGUUGUGCAAAACACUACUGUGUUGAUGUUGAAGAAACUGGAGCAAUUGCUGAAUAUGGAAGCGACGACCACCUCAAGCUCCGACAAGAACCAACUGAUGGAUCUUCAAUCGUUGCUUUGCGCAACGCUGCAGUCUGUUCUACGAAAAAUGCGUUCCGAAGAUGCGGCUUUGGUUGGAGAACAUGUAAUGAAUGGGCUUGUGCAGAUCAUGAACCGCACCUCCAACAAUAAGGGCGGAGGAAGUGUGAUGGAGGAAGCUCUGUUGGCGGUUUCUGUUCUUGCCGAAACGCUCAACAACGGUUUCCUACCCUAUGUUGACGCUUUGAAGCCACAUCUGAUGAGAGCCUUGGUCAAUCAUGAAGAACCACAGGUGUGUGCCGCUGCUGUGGGUUUGGUUACGGAUAUGUGUCGCGCCAUCGAAGUAAACAUAGCGCCCGCUCUCGAUGACAUCAUGAAUACUCUAGUUCAGAGUCUGCAGAGCCCUCGUUUGGACAAAGAUGUAAAAGUGACCAUACUCGGCUGCUUCGGAGAUAUUGCCCUGGCAAUCGGCGAGCAUUUUGAACGCUACAUACAAAUCGUGAUGUCAAUGCUCAUCGAAGCUUCAACGGCUGCAGUUGUCACGAAUCCGCAUGAUUACGACCAAGUGGAUUAUGUGGACAAGUUGAGAGAAAACUGCGUUACCGCAUACACUGGUAUUUUGCAAGGAAUGCGGCCAGCCGGCUCUGAAACCGAUCCUGAAAAGUUGAACCAGGCCAAGCAGUCACUCAGCCGAUUUGUACAACCCAUGUGCGAAAUGAUAGCCAAGUGUUGUGAGACUCAUCCAGUUCCUCCUUCUGAUGGCCUGGUCGCUACGGUAGCGGGAUUGAUAGGUGAUCUGGUCGUACUGUAUGGCAAUCAAAUCACUCCCACUUUGAAUAAUGAAAAGGUGAGUGCCCUGCUUGGAAGAGGACGGAAAAGCCAUACGGCUAAGACGAAGUCUGUUGCCGUCUGGGCCACGAAAGAAAUGCGGAAAGCAAUGACUGUUCCAAUCCCGGCUGCGUCGUGAUAGGCGCAGCAUCCACAGCCCCCCUUAUCCGAAUCUAUCUCCCUUGCACCUUUCAAGCAUUGUUUACAAAAUUUCCUGUGAGAGAGUCGUGUGAGAGAUCAUAUUGUUUGCGGAUAUUGUUUAUGCUUCAACACCUUUGAUAGAAUCGCCUUUGUUCGUAUUUACCGCUGCGGGUCCCCACUGUGUUUCGCAUCCAAUUUUCAAAGCAAGUUUGACUUACAAACUCAUAUUCUCCAAUUUUGGCUCAUCAAAUUCUCAUGCAAUUUCGUCAUUUCCACAAAUUAAGCCGGUUGAAUACGAGUAACGCGUCCCAGUGAGUGAAAGAUAUCUCUUGUUUGUAUAGGAAUGCUAGUGUGUUUUUUAGGUUGUUACCUGUUGAUGAACUAAACUUAUUUCACAUCUUCGUUUUGUUUUUUGUUCCCCCCACUUGCUCAACUGUACUCCUGCUAGCCGUUUCGUCGUCUCUUCAUAGUUACUAUUUAUUUUCAAGAGUGCUUUAAUCACGUGCGAGUGUGAAAAGGCUUGGCAUCGUUUUUAUCCUAGUCACUUCACUCCAGUUUCUUCCUACAAAUCUGUCUUAGUCUUUGCUAAAAAUGAUGCCGUUGUUAUGUAUGUGAGAGGUUUGUUUGUUGUGCCCCUCCCCAUCUCAAAUGUUGAAUUUUUGUGAUUUUGUAGGUAUGAAAGCAGUGUGGACUGUUUGAGUUUCCUCCAAGAUUUGCCAUCUGUUCAAUGAACUUGUUCCCAC